GCCCUGGCCGUUCUCGGGCGGUACGUCUGUCCGUGCACUUUUCUUUUCACAGCCCUCUCCGCUCUUUUUAAUGUGAUACAGUCAAAACCAGUCUGGAUGGAGAUUAGCAGGGGGAAGGCAGUCGGAAAAGCGACCCCCGAGGGAACAGCUGAACAAGAAGGUGGAUUAGGAUCUCCUGACCGGGUGGCGAGGUCGGGUGAGGUGGCGAAGGCGGACCGGCAGCUGGCACGCCAUCGCAGAGGCUCCAGAAGGGGACUGAGUGAAUACAAGAGAAACUUCAAAUGGAGAAGUCCAGAGUUUGGUAGCCCAUCCCAACAGCAGAAAUCCUUGUGGGCAGGACUUCGGUCGGAUCAGUUUGGAAUCACGAGAGAACCAAAAUUCAUUUCCAAGAGAAGGGUACCUUACCAUAAUCCACAGAUUUCGAAGUCCCUUGAAUGGACAGCAGAUUGUGAUUUGAGUGACCCACUGGAAACUGAAGAUGCAGAGUUGCACACUGACCACAACAACAAUAAUGUGAAUCAGGAAAAACUUGAAACACCAGAAGGACCCAGACUCCCCCCAAAAGUUCAAUCACAUGUGGUAGAUUCUAGUGGUGAAACAGCUCUUGCCCUUGCAGAGAACAACAUGACAAAAUCACCCUCUGAAGCUCCACCAAAUCAAAAUGAAACAUUUUCAUCUCCAAAAAAGCAACCAGAAAAAAUGGGUAAUGGGGUUCAGAGAGCCCUUCAGAGAAAAGCAGACAUAUAUAUUCCACCUUUAAAAACUUUCCCCAGAAAUUCUGAAUAUCGAAGCCAAUUUGUCUGGAAGAGUCCUCAUGAAAAGUCACCGAUACUUGCAGCUGAACAGCUUAUUUGCAACACGAAGAAAUCUGUACCUCUGGUUAAAUCUCCUGCAAUUACUUCUGAAACUGCUUAUGAGAGAAAUUCCAAAGGGUCUCCUCUUAAGAGUCCACAAGAGAGAGGUGGUUCAGAAGAGAAAGAAUUGCUGGUGUGUGAACAAAGUAAGAGGGAAGAACCGUUUCAAAAACCAGCAGAAGAUGCAGCAAAACAAGGGAAAUCAGAACAGAAACAUCCUAAACAAAAUAAUAAGCAGCAUAUCAGUCCAAAGCCCCUCACUUUACAUACAAGUCGUGGGAAGAUGAACACUGAAUAUAGGUCAAAAUUUUUGUCUCCAACCCAGUAUUACUACAAAGAUGGAGUUUGGUCUCGUAUUAAGAGUAAAGCUCACAACCAGGCAUCUCAAAACACCCUAAAUUCCAUGUGGUAUGUGGAGGUGAGAGAGCUUCGAGAAAGAGCGAAGGCUUACAGGCAACGAGUAGAAGGAACACACUUCUCCCGAUACCAUUUCAAUCAGAUCCUGUCUGAUAAUAACAGUCUUUGGGAUGUGUCCUCAACUUCCAGUUCAGAAGAAGGAAUCAGCAACAACAUCAGAGCACUAGAUCUUGCAGGUGUUUCUGAAAAAGAGGCUGCACCAAGCCCUGAAGUGCUACAGCAACCUGGCUCCAGACAACAACCACAUCAGGACAGCACAAAGAAAGACAUGUCAAAUGCUUUAACUGUUCCAGUCAAAAGACGUUUAGUUUGGGAUGAACAAGAAGGUACUGAAGAAAGGGGAAAUCAACAAUCAACAGAAGAGAAAGAGGAAGAAAAGCCAGAUGAAGAGGCUGCAGUCAUGGCCCAGCAACUAGAAGAAAACAGUAAGAAUGCCAAAGAAGAUAAGAAAGCUGAAGGUGAAAAUGCCUUAGUAUUAAACACAUCUGCAGCUGUGUCAGAUUCUUCUGUAUCCUCAAGGAGAGGCAGCAGGCGUCCUACUCCGAAGCCGAGAGCUCUUGGAGGAACUCCGAGGACUCAUCAUGAUCGCACUACCCCAGCUGUUGGAGGUACUGUUCUAGUGUCUGCUCCUAAAUUCAAGUCUUCAUCUUCACCUCAGAGAAAGCAAAAUUCAGCAACAAACCCUUCAAAAAAAAGGUCCUUCCAGCCUGAUGUGAAAAUGGAAGCCACUUCACACUUUAACUCUCCACCUGCUGGCCUGGGAACUGUGGAUCCUCUGCCACUUAGGCAGGAUCAGUGGCCUCCUAACAGGGUUGGCGAUGAGCAAGUUCCUCUUGUUUCAGCCCAGCAAGAGCAGUCCUCUGCAACUUCUGUGCUGACAUCAGCAAAAAGCUGCUCUGUGCCUUGCUGGAGUCCCUCUCAUCGUAUUCAAGGGACUCUUAAGGAUCCAGAAUUCCAGCAUAAUGGGAAUCUUGGCAAUCCAAAAAUGAGAACUUUCCAGUUGCCCCUUCAGGAAAGAAACCGUAAUGAUGAAGAUGACAGGUUGUCUCAGAUUUCUGCUCGCUCGGCAGCGUCUAGUUCUCUAGCGUCUCAGAUACUGGAACGAGCUCAGAAGAGGAAGGAUUUCUGGGGCAAGACAUAGUCUCUCCUACCUGUUGUCUAGAAACUAUUCUGUAAAAUGAUGUAUUUUGUACAGUUUGUGGUGUACAUUUAAAAAAAUUGUGAUUGUAGGUUUCACACAGCAUCCUUUCACUUACCAUUGAUGUGGCCCGAGUUUUAGGACUUGCCAUCCCAAUUAAAUACUUUAAACUGAUGAUGCUGAAAAUUUAUGUUCUUUAUAUCUGGGAGUUAGGUCUUAAUUCACUGUGUCACAACAGCCAUGUGAAGUUUUACUUUUUUUACAGUGGCACCUUUUGACACUGAGAUAAUAAUUAUUUAACGAAACCCGUGUGUUACUUUUCAAGGUAUUCUGCUGUAGUGAUGCAGUAUGACCUAGAACAGUAUUCAGGGGCGACGCCAUUGUUCACCAAAUACCUCAGUUGCUUUAUUUUAUCGAGUUAUCUUAAGGGCAGCAGUGGUAUAUAUGUUUAUGUUACUGUAUGAAUUGUCAGCAUAACGCAGCGCUGUAACAAAAAGUUACUUUUAUUACUUACUGCUUUUAACCUUUUACCAAAAAAUUCUAAUUUCUUAAUGACACUAACUUAGAACAUACAGGAGUUUAAGAAAAGGACAUGAAGCAUUAGGGUUUGUUCAUUGUCCACAGGUUUUUGGCUAGGAUGACUAUCAAAGUUCAGUGCAUACAGUAGUGCAGUUUGUCAGCUAUACUGACAUGAAUGCUUGUCUUGUAGACUAAGACCCAUGUUUAGUGUUAAUUUCAGCUUCUCUAGAAAAAGAAAACUCAGCCAACUUAACCAGUGGUGUUCCCCAGCUCCACUUCAAACUCAGGUAUUUAGGAGCAGUGAUCUCUUUAAGUAAAUUCAAAAGAAUGUUAUUUUCUUGACUUCGAUAUUUUAAUUACCUCUUGUCUUAGUUUCCUGCUUUGGGGAGACUGAUACCAUUAUGAUUGUCACAGUGAAAAGUGUUUGUGAUUUAUGCUGACAGCUCAUUUUAUCUUUCCAAGUGAUGCCGACAAGUUAAAAUGAAGUAGAGGAAAUAGGUGGCCGGCAUGUAUUUUGGUUCUUUGUGUGUGGCUUCAGGUUUUAAUACUACUUCAUUUGAAAAUUUUAUACAAGAACAAUUUGAAAUUUGUACACACUUGAUUGCAUUUUGAUUUUGUAUGCAAUUAUGUAUGCAUAUUACUGAAAAUAAAAAUGGUUGGUUGCUUUGUUUCUCUUUAA